UGAACUCAUUCAUACGAGUGAUUAUAAAAUAAGAAAGAAAACCGCACUUAAUAAUUCAAUAUGAUUAAUUAGAACAAUUCACUACAAUUGCACCUCAGAGAGCUAGCUGCAGGUGAGAGAGAUGACAAAGGCUAUACACGUGACAAAUCGAUCAAUUUUCAAUUCAAUCAUUCCCAUAGCUCGCCAAUUUUUCUCUACAUCAUGUGCAGUAGCAAGUUUAGAAUCAGAUCCAGAAGGGGUACGCAAAUUACUUGGUUCAUCUAUGGGAGUUCUACAAGACAAAGAUCUUCUCAAAAAGGCUCCAAAUGGGGAGCUUUUAGUACUAUAUCUUAUUGACAAUGGGGCAAUGGAACCAGAUGCCAGUUUGUACAACCAGCUUCUGAAGAAAUGUACAGAAUGGAAACGGCUGAAAGAAGGCAAAGUGGUUCAUGAACACUUCUUGAGAUCGAGGUUUAGACAUUAUACUGUUCCGAAUAACAUGUUGAUUAAUAUGUAUGCGAAGUGUGAGAGUAUGGCUGAUGCUCGCAAGGUGUUUGAUGAAAUGCCUGAAAGAGAUAUGGUUUCUUGGACUGCGUUGAUUACUGGGUAUUCGCAGAAUGAAGGUGCUAAGGAGGCGUUGCUUUUGUUUACUGGGAUGCUGAGGAUUGGGUUUAUGCCGAACCAGUUUACGUUUGGGAGUGUUCUCAAGGCUGCUGGAGCGUUGGAGAGUGGCGAAACGGGUAGGCAACUACAUGGGACAUGUGUGAAGUGUGGAUAUGAAGAGAAUGUUUAUGUUGGGAGUGCUCUUGUGGAUAUGUAUGCAAGGUGUGGACUAAUGGAUGAAGGGAAGAUUGUGUUUGACAAGUUAAGUUGCAAGAAUGAGGUAUCUUGGAAUGGUUUGAUUGCUGGGUAUGCAAGGAAAAGUGAGGGAGAAAUUGCUGUGAGGCUUUUCUCUGAGAUGAAAAGAGGCGGUUUUCAGCCUACCCACUUUACGUUUUCUAGUGUUUAUGCAGCCUGUGCAAGCAUUGGAGCUCUAGAGCCCGGGAAAUGGGUGCAUGUGCAUAUGAUCAAAUCAGGGUUAGAACUUAUUGCUUUUAUUGGGAAUACUCUGCUUGAUAUGUAUGCUAAGUCUGGUAGCAUUGAUGAUGCCCGAAAGGUUUUUGAUCGGUUAGUGAAAAAGGAUGUGGUCUCUUGGAACUCGAUGCUUACCGCCUAUGCUCAACAUGGACUUGGAAAAGAAACCGUAGAGUGCUUUGAGGAAAUGCGUAGGAUAGGACCUGAACCUAAUGAAGUGACUUUUCUUUGUGCUCUCACAGCUUGCAGUCAUGCUGGGCUUCUAGACAAAGGAAUGCAUUAUUUUGAAUUGAUGAAGAAAUUUAAAAUAGAACCUAAUAUUUCACAUUAUGUGACCAUUAUUGAUCUAUUUGGUCGAUCAGGUCAACUUGGCCGUGCUGAAAAGUUCAUUAAUGAAAUGUCAAUUGAACCAAAUGCAGCCGUUUGGAAAGCUUUGCUUGGAGCUUGUAGGAUGCAUAAAAAUUUAGAGUUGGGUGUUUAUGCAGCUGAACGUGUGUUUGAACUUGAUCCACAUGAUUCAGGGCCACACAUUUUGCUGUCCAACAUCUAUGCCUCUGCUGGUAGGAGAAGUGAUGCUGCAAGAGUUAGAAAAAUGAUGAACCAGAGUGGAGUUAAGAAAGAACCUGCUUGUAGUUGGGUGGAGAUUGAGAAUGCUGUUCAUAUGUUUGUAGCAAAUGAUGAUGCCCAUCCACAGAGAGAGGAGAUCCGCAAUAUGUGGGAGAAGAUAACUGAUAAAAUUAAGGAAAUUGGCUAUGUGCCAGACGCUAGCCACGUGCUUUGGUUUACGGAUCAGCAGGAGAGGGAAGAGAGGUUGCAGUACCAUAGUGAACGACUUGCGUUAGCAUUUGCACUUCUCAAUUCUCCACCUGGGUCCCCUAUCCGUAUAAAGAAGAAUAUCAGAGUUUGUGGUGAUUGCCAUACUGCGUUUAAGUUUGUUUCAAAGGUGGUGGACAGGGAAAUCAUCUUGAGAGACACAAAUCGGUUCCAUCAUUUUCGCAAUGGUUCUUGUUCCUGUGGAGACUACUGGUAGUGCAAAAAUAAUUUCCCAUAAAUGCAAUGGUUUAACUAUCAAAGACUCGUUUAAAUUAUCUGUGGUAACGUGAAAUCAUUCUGGAUUUGACUAUCAUGUUGGACAUUGUUGGGAUUGGAUGAUGCAUGUUUUCCUACCAAAAUUGGUUGUUGGCAUAUACACAAGCAUCUUUUAUAUAUGCAGUCAUCCAUCCAAUGGAUUAGAGGUUUUUUUUUGCCUUAUAAGGCUGGUUUUGACUAUUUAAUUGCUUUCUAACUCAUGGUUAGAACCAGGUUACUCUCAUGGUCUCUGCCUCUCUGAAUAGCACAUGAGUGAUAGCAUAAUGGCCAGAGGUUCUGGAAAUACUGGUGUCAAUUGCUGAUGAUUUUUGCACUUGUAGAAAAUCAAGACUAUCUUGCAGAUUCUGUCGGGAAGCAUCCAGGUAUAAGCUGAAGGGACCUUUAUGCUGAAAGACUGUAGUCUCAAUAUUUUAUCUACAUUUCAUGUUCUGAAACUGCAAAUAUUCAUAGUAGCGACUGUGUACGUAGUUCCUACCAUAUGAAAGAAAAUUUGUAUUUUGUCCCUAAAUUUUAAGUACCUUGAGCUCUACCUUCUGUGUUUAAAGAGCGUGUAACAUUUUCUACUCCACAUUUUCUCUUCAUGCUCAGGACAGAUACACACGUCUUGUUAUGUGCAAUCUUUUUAGUAAUAUCGGACAUGAUUGCUUCGUGUUUAUAUUUCUAACAAUGUGGGUCGAACUCUCUCACAUAAUCUCCCAUAAAGGAGUUAUUACAGUUCUUAAAAGGCAUACUUCUGCUCGAAGAUCAACCAUAAAGUGAAAAGGCCACUUUGUUUUCCCCUGUCUUGUGUAUAUCCAGAUUUUGUGUUGGGUUGGUUCCUCAUUAUUGACGUAAAUAAUGUUACUUGGUGCCACAUUCUGACAUUUAUGAUUUUACCUGUGAAGAAAACAGAAAUGAGUUAAUGCUGCUCUCUUGAACUUCAGGAACAAUAGCAUGGACUAGCAGUGUAGCAAUGCAACUCAGAAAUGCUAAAAACCUUCUCAAAUUCUUCUAAGAUGUGUAGGUACUCAAGGCCUUGAGAAUGGUACAAGCACAUGGAUCCAUGAAGAAACUAUGACAGACACCAAUCGGUCUGGAAAUAAUUUCAUAGAACAUGGUGAAGCAGAUGAAAUUUGAGAAUUUUGAUGGAAAAUGUGAGACUGCACUGUGAUGAGGGUAAGACAACCACCUUGGACCCCGAGCUUCGAAUUAGGUCAAAGAUUGCUGGUUAAUUUAACCCUUGUUACUAGGCUGAAUGUCACCGAAAACUUAAUAUUCUAAUGUCAGCAAGUAGAAAGCACCAGACAGCUUGGAUUCAGAUAACUAUAGUUACAGGUCUUGGCUAAUGCGACUAUGAUAUGAUCAUCUCAGUUAUGCUUUCCUGGAUUAUAUCAUUUGCAUUUUGAACGGGGAUUGUGUUUUGCUGAUCGAAAUGCAAAGAAGAUGGAAGGAUGUGACGAAGAAGAAAAGAUCUUUCACCAGAUCAUGUCAAAGAAGCUUAUGGCUAAUCUACAUUAGGAUUGUGACAAGACACAACUGAAGUACUUGUUGUGAGAAUGUCUCUUUUCAUGUUUUCAUGACAUAACUCUUUACUGUUGCUUGAAUUCGACGUGGUUGUAAGAACAGAUUGUUUAGGUAUGAUGUAUUAUCAGAGAUUUUGUCAGUGUUAAUAUAAACUAAUAUACGUACCCGCACGUUGCGCGGAGAAU